AUGCCUGAUUUGCCCUAUUUUGUCUUGCUUUGUUUUGUAGAGAAACGAACGGAUAAGAGCGCAGUUUCGGGUGCUAUUCGUUUGCACAUCUCCGUGGAAAUCAAAGGUGAAGAGAAAGUUGCGCCUUACUAUGUUCAGUACACUUGUCUUCAUGAGAAUAUCUUCUACUAUCUCUGUGAAACAAAUAAGAAGAACGGAGAACCCGAAGUAAAGAUUCCUGAAGCCAAAGGCGACGACAGUUGGAAAGUGUACUUCGAUUCGCCUGCUCAUGAAAUCAUCACGGAAUUCGCUAUUCGCUAUGGAAUUGAAUCAAUGUACCAGGCAAUGACACAUUUUUCUUGUCUGACGACCAAGUUUAUGUGUACAGGAGUUCCAGCAACAAUGUCCUGUUUGCUGGCCAAUAUCAAUGCUUUCUAUGCACACACAUCCGCUUCCAGUAAUCAAACUGCUUCCGAAAGAUUCAGUGCCAGCAACUUUGGAAAAGAAAAGUUUGUAAAAUUACUCGACCAACUUCACAAUUCCCUUCGCAUUAGUCUCUCAAUGUAUAGAAAUUGUUUCCCAGCUUCCCAACAAGACAAAUUGCAAGAUCUAAAAUCUACAGUCGAUCUACUCACCAGUAUUACUUUCUUCCGAAUGAAGGUCCAAGAGCUUACAAGUCCCCCACGAGCAAGCCAAGUUGUUAAGGAGUGUGCUCAAGCCUGUAUGCAAACAACGUAUCAAUUUCUCUAUGACAACUGCAACGACCUUUACUCACGUCAGUUCCAGGAAAAGGUGUCAACAGAUGAGGCUGGUCCCUCCCUGAAAUCCCUUGACUUUUGGCAUCGAUUAAUCGCUCUUCUUGUCUCGGUGAUUGAGGAAGAUAAAACUACUUAUGCAGCUGUUAUUAAUCAGUGA